UCAUCUUUCCUCCAUUUGCUCAUCAGUGUCGUGUAUAGAUCAUGUCCCCACAACAAAACGAAACGGUCCAAUAUCAAGAGCCCAGAAACGCUUCUUACUCUCCACCACCUACUCUCUGAAAUUUCCACCUGAAACAAUCGGUGCUGGAUUCAUCGAUCCUUCUCCUCUGUUUUCUCACUCACUCAGUUUCAUAUGUUGUUGCUGAGAUGUUUUGGUUGACAGUAAAUGCAUAAUUAAUCCACUCAAUUCUGUUUCAGCCAUUGAAGUUGAUAAAAAUUGGAGCCUUUUUAGUGUUCUGGUUGAAUAACAAAUUUGUAUAGUGACAUACUCCAGAUGAGUGGCUGAUCCCAAUUUCUGCGGAAGAUCCAGAUUCAGAUGAAGUCACAGGCCAUAUUGGAAUGAAAGGAAGCUACCGGUUAAGCUAUUAUGUUUUCCUUCUGGAGUUUCUAUGAAUUUGUAUCUGCCCGAAUGAUGUUCUGCAUUAUCAAGUGUUAAAGUAUUGUUCUGCACUGUAAACAUAUCUUUGGGGAAUUCCAUUAGCUCCAAUGCAAGGGCAAAGGAGUGGAGGCAGUUCCUUUACAGAAACUGUAGAUCUUAAUCAGCGAUCUGUUUCCAACAACACUGGUAUGAAUCAGUCGACUGCUUGGACUAGCAUGCUAAAUCCAGUAGAAAGCCGGUCAUCAAAUUACAUGCUUUCUUCUGCUGAGGGGAACUUUACUUGUGCAAAUACUGUUGGUCAUAGUGUUCGGACUUUUCGUAGCUGGGACAUGGGAGAAUCUAGCUCUAGUGCAGAUGUAGAAAGCCAAGGCAUUGAUGAUGGUCUAAAGAUAGAAAAUGGUCGGUCUUCUCUGUUUGGUACGCAUCCUGGGUCUGAUGCAACAGUAGAAGAAAGGCGAGUUGGGCCAUCUAAUAUCCUUAUUCGUGAGAGUGUUAGCAGUGGUAUUGGUGGCAAUCAGGGCACCAGCAGACCUUUAAUUACGCAGAGUUCCAGUUAUAGUCGUAUCCCUCUGAAUAUAAAUUUAAAUGCUGGACAUGUGGGCAGUAGUGGUGAUAAUGUGCAGGGUUUGGGACCAGAUGCAUGCCAUAAUCUCUACAAGUUAAGUGGACCAGACACAGAACACAUCUUAACUGCUAAUGCUUCUUCUGAUAAUGUUGAGACUUCUUAUGGAAAUUCUGGUUAUUUAGUGGACAAUGAUGGUGGAUCAGCUUCUUCUUUGGGCAGUUGGGGUUCAUCCUGCAAGAGAAAGGCUCUUGAAGGUACUUCUGGACAGUCUUAUCCAGGUGGGAGUUCAAACUGCUUUCAACAAUCUGAAAAUUUUGCACAGCAUGGUGUCCCUGCUUGUUAUAGUGCUUCUAGUAGCUUAAGUAUAUCAUCACCACCAAUGAACUCUACUAGUGUUAGUCCUCCUGAACAGCUAAACCCGAGAAUUGGCAUUGGAAUGCAUGGUGUUGCUUCUGAUGUCUUUCCUCCUUUAAGUAUGACAGGAAAUGCAGAAAGCUCCUCAAGAAAUUAUGGUGUCAGAGUGAGUUUGGGGCCUCAUGAAUCUGGUCGGUUUAAUUUACCAUCAACAGGGAAUGCAGUAAGGCAUUCUGAUUUGUGUUCCACUAACCAGUCAUCUAGACCUCGCUCAUUUACUGGUUCUUUUGACUUGAGACCAACGACUUCGGAAGCACCCAGUUCAAAUAAUCCCGCUAACCAGUCUCAUUGGAUGCAUAUUCCUGAUUUCUCAGUGAAUAUGCUUCCUUUCCCUUGGAAUGGGGCUCUUAAUUCAAGGUCUGGUGGUUCUUCAAGCUCUCUAAUGCUUCCGGGGGACACAGGUGCAUCAUUGCGAGAUGAAGCAAACUUUGAAAGCACCCCGAGAAAUAGCAUGGAGCAUCCCAUGUUUGCUCCUGCAACUGAGAUGAGAAAUUUGCUGCAAGACCGAAAUAACUGGAAUUUAUCUACUGGAAAUAUCAGUACUUCUGCAAGUGUCCCUUCUAGUUCUCGAUUUGACCCCAGUUCCUCUAUACGUCCUUUCCCCACUACAUGGAUACCUCAUCACAACCCCCCAGCACAAAAUCAGCAAAGAUUAUCAGAAUUUGCACCUUGGUCUCUGUUUCCUUCUGCUGACUCUGAGUCUGGAGGUCAGAGAGGUCAAUUUCCUCCAUUGCGUUCGGGCCCUUCAUCAGAGGAAAGAAUGAUGUCAUCUGGAGCUAAUAACCAAGGUAAUCAUCCACCAUUUCCAAGGUCAGCAUUAUUGAUGGAGGUCCCUGGUGAUGAUGUGCAUGGCUGGCAUGCUUUAACUGCUGAUAUUGAUGGGAGACAGAGGCUGGUAUCUGAGAUUCGUCAAGUCUUGAAUGCUAUGCGUAGGGGCGAGAACCUACGAGCUGAGGAUUAUAUGCUCUUUGAUCCGUUUAUAAACGGGGUUGUAGAGUUGAAUGACAGGCAUAGAGAUAUGAGACUCGAUGUCGAUAACAUGUCUUACGAGGAAUUGUUGGCAUUGGAAGAGCGCAUAGGAAACGUGAACACAGGAUUGAGUGAGGAAACCAUUAUGAAGUCUAUGCAACAGCGAAAAUAUCUUUCCUUGUUGGAAAGAACCCCAUCAAACAUGGAGCCAUGCUGUAUAUGUCAGGAGGCGUAUGUUACCGGUGAUGAUAUUGGGACGUUGGAUUGCGGGCAUGACUUCCACACCAAUUGCAUUAAACAGUGGCUGGCACAGAAGAACCUUUGCCCCAUUUGCAAAAUGACUGGUUUGGGUACUUGAGAGGGAAACCUCAUUAUUCUCAAACCCUAAAAACAUUAUCUUCUUGCCCCGCAGAUCAUUAAACUCAUUCAUUGCGUCUGCUAAAAAUUAAGUAAUGUAUCCCAUUACCUCAUCUAAAACCGGGUUUUACUAGCUUUUGAAUUGCAUGAGUUCAUGAAGUUGGAAAUGAUGGUUGUAAGUUAAAGAUUGUGGGAUUUAAGAGAUUUUAUUACAUUGUAGGUCAAACCAUGAAAGAAAAUAAUGACAUUAUUAAGCUUUCCAUAGCUUUAUUUA